AAAGACAUGGAUCUGACAAGGCUUAAGAUGUCGGCCAGGUCUUCAGUGUCGUCUCAUCGCCAACUUCUUCUCGCGUUGACCAUUUUCAACGAUGCCUAGGCCUUCAAAAGCCUCCAAAAAUGCCAGCGCAGGUGCAAGCACAGGCGAUGGAACUCUUGUGGUCACAAGCCAACAAAGUCGCUAUGCUUUGGACGCCGUAGAUGCUCCAACUUCAAAAGACAUUGACAUAAAAGACCUUACUCUCUCUAUUGGUGGCAGAGAUUUGCUCGAUCACGUUGAGCUUCGAUUCCUUGAAGGUGUUCAUUAUGUGCUUGCAGGUAGAAACGGGACGGGGAAGAGCUCACUCCUGCGGUCACUCGCAGAACGACGCGUACCUGGAGUGCCGAGCAAUCUGCGACUGCUGCUACUUGGGCAAACUCGUGUGAGCUCCGACGUUUUAAGCCAGGAGCCUACGGAAGCAGAAAACCUGUCGCAAGAUGUCCUAGACUAUGUCACAAGCAGUGAUAGAAGAAGAGAAAUUGCUCUCAAGACUGCGAAUCGUCUAUCGGUCGCUUUGGAGGAAAAGACAGAUAUCAACAAUCUUGUCAAGACAGUACAAUCUCUCCAAUUAGAGCAAGCAAAACAGGAUCUGGCCGAGGCUCAAUUGAUAGCGGAACGAAGGAGUGGUGCAAGAGGGUCCAAAUCAAGACAGGUUUUGAUUGAGAGAGAGGUUGCUCUCAAGGAGAGUCAGGCUCGGUAAGUGGCUUGUUUGCUAGGAGAUGUUUCUAACCGUGUCAAGCUAUGAUGACCCUGUUAAGCCAGAAGAUGAGCACGAGGCCACAAAAAUCGGCAUUGAGAUGCUCGAAUCCACUCGUCUAACACUAGAAGCCAUGGAUGCCGGAAGCACUGAGAGUAAGGCUCGAAAAGUCCUUCUUGGUCUUGGCUUUUCAGAGAAACAAAUUAAGCAGCCGGUCUCAUCGCUGUCGGGUGGCUGGAGGACACGGUGUGAUUUGGCAUGUGCCUUGAUACAGCAGACUGAUGUUUUGAUGCUCGAUGAACCAACUAAUUUCUUGGACCUACCGGCAAUUGUCUGGUUGGAGCGGUUUAUCAAGCACUCACUGGUAGACACUACCGUCGUCGUCACCACUCACGAUCGAGAUUUUGCCGACGCUGUUGCUCAAGAAUUGGUAUUGGUCCGUUUGACGCCAGAAAAGUCCCUGGAGGUUUUCAAGGGAAGUUUGACUGAAUACGAAAAUGAGAAACGACGCCAGAUUCGAAGGAUGACAAAGAUGUCCGAAGCACAGGACAAAAAGACCAAGCAUAUGGAGGAUACAAUCACGAAAAGUAUCAAGGCUGCAAAACGUACAGGUGACGACAAGAAGCUGAAACAGGCAGCCUCUCGUAGAAAGAAGAUUGAUGAGAGGACCGGGCUUGAGGUCGGUCACCAUGGCGGACGGUUCAAACUCAACAGAGAUCUCCCGGGAUACCAUCUCAAGGCCCGGGCUGACAUUGAAAUUCCUGGCUUUGAUCCUGCUGUUACUAUAACUUUACCUGAGCAGCCUACGUCUCUUCGACAUCCUGGACCCCUCUUCAGCUUCGAAGGGGUAUCUUAUACUUACCCUAAAUCUGGCGUUUGGACCCUCAAGGACGUUAACCUAGUCAUGCACCCGGGAGAGCGCGUCGGUCUAGCCGGUCUCAAUGGCAGUGGAAAGUCCACUUUGGUCAACCUUCUGAUGGCAGCUGCGACGAAUGAAAAUCCAAGACCGACCAAAGGCAAUAUCACUGUUCAUUCCAAGGCACGUUUUUCUUGCUACUCCCAGCAUGCUGUUGAAGAGCUUGAAGCGAUCGGGCGCCGCGACCCAAGUCAAACAGCUCUAUCUCAUCUCAUGAGUCUCAACGGUUGGACCGGGGACGAGCAGACCGCUCGGGGGACACUUGCUAAACUAGGCCUUCGGGGCAGCGCUGUCUCAGACGUUUCCUUGGCUACUUUGUCAGGCGGUCAACGUGUACGCCUCGCUUUGGCGGCAGCAUUCCUUGACUCUCCCCACUUGGUCAUUCUGGAUGAAGUGACAACUCAUCUCGAUGCAGAUACCGUUGACGCCUUGAUUGAGGCUUUGGGUUCUUGGCAAGGAGCUUUACUCGUCGUCACUCACGACAGACAUUUUAUGCGCUGCGUGGUCGAUGCUGAGAAGCUCGACAAAGGUGGGGACGAAGACGACUCAGGUAGCGAUGAUGACGAUGACUCCGAAACUCGGACACCUGGCGUAGUCUACCACGUGCGCAAAGCUGGACUGCGGAAACUCGAGAGAGGAAUGCAACAGUAUGAAGAGAUUGUCUCGAAGACGAUUGACAAAUUAGGAGUUUGAGCUGCCUGAUCCUAGAUACUAGUCAACCACUUCGGCAUUUUUCCAAGAACGGGACCUUCACACCACCGAUUCCACUGCAACCGAAGUCUUUUUCGUAUGUGCCAGUAAGCUCCACGAAGCCGAUCACAAGCUGUGGCUUCCUGAGCUUUGCAAUGCUUGGCCUACAUAUGCUUCUUUAACUACAACGACUUGGAUGGGGGUGGGCGUCGACACUACGCCGGCCCUUGCUAGGCACGUGGUAGAUCGGUGCCCCUUAUUGGACAGCCUCGGCAUGUCAUUGGCUUGCCAUCAUCAUCGCAUUUUCUUCCAUGCGACAGUCGAUCAGGAACUCCCGAGCUCUCGACGUUGCUUUUAUAGAACAAGGCAAUUCGCCAACAUGCU